GAGGAAUUGGUCUGUACCUGCUGCUUUCUCCCUACUUGAAGUCAAAGAAAAUUGAUUGUGGAGUCACAGUUGCUCCUGUAAUAAGAUUGUGAUGUCACAACAGAGGAGUAUGGCAUGCAGUAUGAGAGACUCUACUGGAGUGAACAGCUUACUGAUCUACAAAAGAUCUCCUUCUGGAAACCAAAAUCUCCCAAUAUCAUUGUCCAGAUUGUCUUUGCAGAAUGGACAGAGAACAAGAAAGAUAGCAUGCAAAUUUGAAGAGGGUCAGGAUGUCCUAACCAGGUGGUCAGAUGGCCUGUUUUAUCUUGGGACAAUUAGAAAGAUAAACAAAUUGAAGCAGAAGUGCUUUGUAAGUUUUGAAGACGGUUCCAAGUCCUGGGUUCUCUGGAAAGACAUUCAGACUGGGCUAUCAUCAGAUGUGCCACACACCAACAAUUGAAUCCACUGUAAUAAAUUCAGAUGAAAAGUGGCUCUGCCGGCAAUGUGUUUUUGCAACAACCACAAAGCGAGGUGGAGCUCUUAAGAAAGGACCGAAUGCCAAAGCACUUCAAGUCAUGAAGCAGACAUUGCCUUAUAAUUUAGAAGAGCUUGAGUGGGAUAUAGGCCAUAAAACCAAUGCUCAGCAGUGUUACUGUUACUGUGGAGGUCCUGGCGACUGGUAUCUGAAGAUGCUUCAGUGCUGUAACUGUAAACAAUGGUUUCAUGAGGCUUGCAUACAAUGCUUACAGAAGCCUAUGCUUUAUGGAGACAGGUUCUACACAUUUAUUUGUUCAGUUUGUAAUUCUGGACCAGAAUACCUCAAACGUCUUCCUUUAAAAUGGGUAGAUAUUGCACACUUAAGCCUUUAUAACUUGAGCGUUAUUCACAAAAAGAAAUAUUUUGAUUCUGAACUUGAAUUAAUGGCGUUCGUUAAUGAAAACUGGGACAGACUGCAAGCUGGAGAGCUUUCUGAUACUCCAAAAUCUGAACGAUAUCAGCAUGUUCUGCAGGCUCUUACAGAAAACAAGACUAUGUUUAUGUCAGGCAAAGAAAUCAAGAAAAAGAAGCAUUUGUUUGGUUUGAGAAUUCGUGUUCCUUCUGUACCUCCAAAUGCUGCUUUUAAAGCAGAGAAAGAAGCUGAGGCGGCAGCUCAUGAGUUCAAAAUAAAAGGGAGGAAAUCCUCAAAACCAAUACCAGUGGCAAGUGAAAUUAACAACGGUGCAGUUAGAAUGGGGAAAAGAAAGUGUGGCCGCCCUCCUGGUUCAUGGACAAGAAAGAUCACAAAACUGCCACAUCUGCCAGUUACAGAUACAAAACCAUCUCUGGUGUUUGAAUCUGUCACUUUGGAAUUACCAGAUGUUACGAGAACUGCCCAGUCAUCUAAUACCUCUGAUGUGGAAUCCAGUGGUGCUACCAGUACAGCGGAAACUACCUCAACUAGCAUAUCUAGACAUUCUAGCUUUUCAGGUCCUGGAAGAAGAACUCGCACAGGGAGAAGCUGGCCAAUUUCAGUGCCUCAUUUGAGGAGGAGGAGAAGUCGCCUUCCUCGAAGAGUUCUACAGACUCAGAACAUAGAAAACAUAAAAGAUAAUGAAGAUAAAGAAGAUUAUCAGUUUGAAGGACUUAAUGCUGAAAUUCUUAACAACAUAGCAGAUCAAGAAAUGCAGCUAAACCACCUCAAAAAUUCCAUUACUAAUUAUUUUGGUGCUGCAGGUAGAAUAGCCUGCGGUGAAAAGUAUCGCAUUUUGGCUCGCCGAGUGACACUUGAUGGAAAGGUGCAGUAUCUUAUUGAAUGGGAAGGAGCAACUGCAUCCUGAUUGUGGAGAUGCAUUUUGUUCACUGCACUUUAUUAAUCUGCAGAAGCCUUUAAAAAGCAGGUAUUUGGUUCAUUAUGUACUUCCAAAAACUGUAUUGUAGGCUGCUGUGUUGUACAAAGGACUUUUUGUAAAUCUUUCAAGGGGUUUAUAAAGUAUUUUGAUACUACUUGCUUUGAUACUUGAUUCCUCUAAAUUUUUCUUCCUUUUAAUAGAAGCAUGCUGUCACUCAUUACAGCGACAUUUCCUAAUGACUUUCUGCUCUAAAUACUUUGGCCAGCUUGCCCAUAUCUCUGCGCGCACUUUUGCUAUGAUUUCUUUUCAGAAGCAUUAAUCUGUUUAUCUCAGUCAGUGAACUCCCAUAACACAUUUCCAGCCUAAAGAAGCUUUGCUUCUACCUGGUGUUGCAGCAUGUUGAAAUAAAGCACAACUAUUUAUACCUCA